AUGCGACGUUCGCUCUCGCCGACAUUGGCCAAGUUGGCCGAGCAGGAGGUGAACGAGACGCCCGACAGGAUUCAGCAGGACAUCAUCAUUCUGCGCGUGUGGAUUCGCCAGCAGCCGCAUCUGCGCGCCCGCACGGAUGUGGACUUCCUGAUCGCCUUCCUCAGACGCUGCCGUUACAGCCUGGAGGAGACCAAGCGCCGGAUCGAUCGCUACUUCACCCACUACAACCUAUUUCCGGAGAUCAUGAAUAACCGCUGUGUGACGCAAAGACUUCUGGACAUCAAUCGCAUGGGAGUUUGCCUCUAUCCGGAUAUGCCAAAGGGCGAUAGCCGUAGUGCCAUGUUCAUAGCCCGUUUUGGCCACUUCGAUCCCAAUCUGUACAUGCUGCGAGAGAUCUAUCACUUUUCCUCGAUGGCCAUGGAGGUGAUUGCGCUGGAGAAUGACUAUGCCUCCCUGGCGGGAAUCUGCGAAAUCAUUGAUCUCGAGGGCGUCAACUCGGAUAAGAUGCGCCGCUUUGAUAGGGUCCUAUUUCGCAAGUGGUGGAACUGGCUCUACAACUGCAGUCCCCUAAAAGUGAAGGAGAUGUACAUCAUAAAUAUGCCCAAGGAUAUUCAGGGUACCGUCAUGUUUUUGUACAAUGUUCUAAGCAUGCAAGUCAACUAUCCGAUACGCGUUCUGAAGAACAGCGAAGAGCUUAUCGAGCACAUUGGCAAGGAAUCGCUGCCGGAGGAGUAUGGCGGUACCAAUGGCCAUUUGGGUGAAUGUGUGGCCUACAUGGAGGACCUGUUGAAUAGCUAUCGUGGUUAUUUCGAGCAGGACUGCAACUACGGGACCAUUGAGGAGCUCCGACACGGCGAAAUAGCCACGUAUGAGGCGGAAUUUGGAGCCAGUGGCUCCUUCCGUCGCCUCAACUGGGAUUGA